AUGUUUGCUGAAAAAGUUAUAGAAUUAUUAAAAGAAGCUGAAAGAAAUCCUGCCACUAUUGACCCAUUUAACGAUGAUAAAAUCCGUCAAAUUUUAGAGGAAAUGCAAUCACUGUUUAAGAUGAAUAUGAAUGAUGCCAAUGCAACAAUGGAAAAUAAAACUUUGUGGACAACAGUACAAGUGAGACAUUCAGCUCUGGAACGGAAUAAGCGUUGUUUAUUAGCUUAUUUAUACAACAGAAUGAAUAAAAUUAAAACCCUGAGAUGGGAAUUCGGCUCUGUGCUACCACCUGAUGUCCGUGAACUGCUGUCUGAUGAUGAAUACCUGUGGUUUUCAAAGUAUUCUUCAAAUUUAGCUUCAUAUAUGAGAUCUUUGGGUCAAGAUAUUGGUUAUAAUGGUAUAGACUUAACCGAAAAUUUGAAACCUCCAAAAUCCCUUUAUAUUGAAGUCCUUUGUAUGGCUGAUUAUGGGAAAUUGGAGUUAGAAGAUGGAGGAGAAGACCAGAGGUCGCCAUUAAAAUGUAUGGAGUUUCUGAUUGUUAAAAUGGAAAUAGUUUCGAACUUUGAAGAGCCAUCCAAAGACGUCUGGUUCUUCAACAAGUUCUAA